AUGUCUGAAUUUGAAGGAAUUAGUGUUACAAUGAAGAAACAGAGCGAGAGUGGUAAAUGUGAAGAAAUGGAGAAGCUUUGCCGAAUAUGUAAUCGCCCCUAUCUUCCAUCCUCCAAUUCAUCCUCUUCAUGCCGUUUCCAUCCUUCUUUUUUCGUCUGUCGUCGCCACGACGACCAAAAGAGGUACUAUGAAUUGGGACCCAAUGACCCGCCGUAUGCUGCCAAAUUCUACGACUGUUGUGGGGCUGAGGACGUCGAGGCGUCUGGUUGCACCACCAGUUUCCAUGUUUCUUAUGAUGAAUGAUCAUGACGACAAUAUCUGAAGCUCAUUUUUACUCAGAGAAGACUUAAUGAAGAAUGGGUUCAGACAAAGUUAUACUGUAAAAUUUUCUUUUAGGAAACUAAAAGUUGAUUUUGGUUUCUUUUAUUUUGUCUUACAGAUGGUGUAAAGUAAGUUCUGAAUCUGGGACAGAGAAGAUUAUAUGUCGAUUUCUCUUGGGACAUUAGAGAGAGAGUAAAAACAAAUGAGUGGUGAGGGAUUCACAUGUAGGAUUAAACAUUAUGGAAAUGAACUGUAGAAAGAUAUGGUGGUUACAGACUACAGAGUGUUUUGUAUAUAUAUAUAUUUUUGUUUGAGUUUAUUUCUUCAAAUGUUCUUGGAGAGAGAGGGGGGGUUUAAAGUAUGUAAUGUUUGGCUGACACUAGAAUAUGAAUAACAGUGAACAAAUAAAAUAAGAAAAGAAACACAUGUUCUGUUCCCACAA